CUUUUCGUCAAACCGAGUCUUGCACAGUCAGCUCAUUGCUUGCAAAGACCAGCUCCAACCCCAAACAAACAAUCAUGUUCAAGCUGUGCAUUCUUCUCGCUGUCGUGGCCAGCGCACUCACCGCACCCGCACCAGCACCCGGCCUCGUCGCCGCACCAUUAGCCGCAGUUCCGGCUCCGUAUGUGACCGCCGCCAGCAGCCAGGUCAUCGCCAGGAACUACAACACCUUGGCCGCCGCUCCUCUCGCCGCUUACACCGCCCCCCUCGCCUACUCCGCGCCCCUGGCUGCACCCCUGGCUUACAGCACCCACGCUGUAGCUCCGGCACUUUCGGCUUACGCGGCCGCCCCCGUGUUCUACUGAGUGCUGAACAUCAGUAACCGACGGCUAAGAACGGCGAGGAAUCCAGCCUCGAUCCGUGAUUUUGACUUUUAAGAUGAAAUCGAAUAAUAAAAUGGUUGCGUAAACUGAAA